AUGCUGCGGGGCCGGUGGCUGCUGCCCGGCGCCUCGCUGGCGCUGGGCGCGGGGCUGGGGGCGGCCAUUACCGCCCGCCGCCGGGCCGAGGGCGAUGCGGCGGAGGGGCUGCUGGGCCGCCUGCCCGUGGUGCCCGCCGUGGCGGCGGCCGGUCCGCCGGCGCUGCCGGGUUCGGGGCGGACCGAGCUGACCAAGUACGGGUUGCCCGGGCUGGCGCAACUGCGGAGCCGCGAGUCCUACGUGCUGUGCUACGACCCGCGGAGCCGCAGCGCGCUUUGGGUUAUCGAGCAGCUCAACCGGGAGACGCUCAGCGGCACCUCCGACCGCGCCGCCUGCGACUUCCAGGAGGACGACUCGGUACACGAGUACCAUCGCGCCACCAACGCCGACUACCGCGGCAGCGGCUUCGACCGCGGGCACCUGGCCGCCGCCGCCAACCACAAAUGGAGCCAGAAAGCCAUGCGGGACACCUUCUACCUCAGCAACGUCGCCCCGCAGGUUCCUCAUUUAAACCAGAAUGCCUGGAAUAACCUUGAGAAGUACAGCAGAAGCUUGGCAAGGAACAACAAGAACGUCUAUGUCUGCACAGGACCCCUUUACCUGCCCAGGAUGGAGGCCGAUGGGAAGAUGUACGUCAAGUACCAGGUGAUCGGGAAGAACAAUGUGGCCGUCCCCACCCAUUUCUUCAAGGUGCUCAUCUUGGAAAAGGAGAGCGGGGAGAUUGAGUUGCGCUCAUAUGUGAUGCCCAACAGCCCUGUGGAUGAGAAAAUCCCCUUGGAACGGUUCCUGGUUCCCAUCGAGAGCAUUGAGCGAGCCUCAGGGCUCCUCUUUGUCCCAAACAUCUUGAAGAGAACAAGUAACUUGAAAGCUAUCACAGCUGGAAACAAGCGUUGAACCCCGACUAAACAAAUCCAGGUAUCCCCUGGGAAGGGACUGAGAGUAGUCGCCUGCAGAAUAAUAGUUCCUUGUACAAUUUUUUAUGUGGGAAAUAAGAUUCAAACCAAUGCUUCUCUUUACCCUUCCCCUUGUUACAUGUAAUCAUGAAACACGCACACGUGGCAGGUCUCGAGGGCAGGUCUUGCAGAAGGCUCCUGGGCACUUGACACCAUUGCUGGUCUGUAGAAUUUGCCCCUAAUGUGCAGUAUGGAGCGUACCCCUGUAAUUGUUCCCUUUGAGUCGUGUGUGGCUCAUUAAGACACAAAGGGAAAUUACUUAGUUUCUGCUAUUUAGCAGGGAAGGACGGGAGCAGGAUGGGUGCAGGGGGAGGAAAGGAGAGGUUCCUGCCUUUCUGUGGCCAAAGGAUUGUAUGAUUGUUUUCUUUCAGAAGAUGGUUUUAGCAGUAAAGCUUUGAACACCCAC